AUGGAUUCUCAACGCCCGGCUUAUUGGUAUUGCCGUCUUCUCGGCAAGCGGUCACACUGGUCAUUGUUUUGGUUCUGUUCUUGCUUUGUUUUUUCACUGCGGAAAUAACGACAUCGUCCAUGGAGCAGCAACUGGAGAAAGUCCUAGCGGAAAUCGCCGCACGGCAGGACACAGUGGGAGCUCUGCUGGCCAAUCGCCAGGGAUUGUGUUUGGGCACCAAGGGAGACAUUGAUCCGAACGUGUCCGGCAUCGGAAUGGCCAUUUCCGAGCAGGUGGCCAAACUGGAGCCGAAUGCCACGGCUCCUGCAACGAUUUGCCUUUACAGCGGAAACAAACGCUGUGUCAUCCAGAAGGACGGCGAGAUCACGGGCGUUAUCUUCAAGCAGCCGACGGGUACAUCGGCGACCGCCACCAUCAACUAACGAAAGUUGGGGCCUCAAUCGCAACUCUCAGGCCAAAUACGCAAGUCAAGAUACGGAUACAAAGGCAGAUACAGAUACUUAUAUCUUCCAAGUCGCGCCCGCUUCGCUCGAUUCGCCCGAUGGCAGGCGCCUGUUACAUUUGUCGCUCAUUCUAACCGAUAGCCAUUACCAUAAGCAUUGUUUUGUACGACUCGCAUAGCAUAAGCAUUACGGAUUACGCAUUAAGCACUGCUGUUACUUGAUCUUAUUUGUCUUAACCAGUCUAGCGCCAUCAACAUGUACAUAAAGACUUUGUACGAUUAAGCCCCAGAAAGUGAACACACCAUGUACACCAAUUAAAUUUAUAGCGAUGAAGCAAGCCAGCUAAGAGCA